AUGAGGAAGCAUUGUAUUUCAGUUCAUAACUGGAUUGUGCCACUCAUAGUGACAAUUUUGCUGCUGCUUCAGCUGGUGAGUGGAGAACAACAGGCGGAGGAUCACAGAAUUCAACGUCGUUUUAUGUGGCAACAAAUGGACAACUCGGUGAUGGGCGGACUCAUGGGACGCAUGUUCAAAGGACCUGCCAGGGCCAUGAAGACCAUGUUCGGUGAUCUAUUGCCCAGCACAUCAGGCUAUGCCAAGAACAUGAUGGACUUUCUGCCCACGGAGACGACACGCGUGAAAUAUGUUAUUCGCGAUCCGCACACAAACAAACCCAUGAAGAUAAUCAAGAUGCGUGGCUCGCAUAAAAAGCUGGUGAAGCUGAUGAGGCCAUUGCCAAAGCCGGCGGUAACAGAGCCCAGUUUGCUGCAGUAUGAGAAUCGAAUGCGUCAACUGGAGAAGGAGCAGGAAAUGAUUGUCGAGGGCAAGGCGCCGGUGAGCAGCGAUGAGGCGCUUUUGGAUAAAUAUUUCAAGCCGCCAAAUUCGCAUCCCAACAGCAAUGAGAUUAUCUCGGGCAAGAUUAUGGAGUAUCAGAGCUGGAAGCCCGUUUACAAGUCCGGUGAGCAGCCGACCUCCUUUGUCACUUCACGGCCACAGCCCCUGACGAGAUUACACACAAACAUUGCCGCCAGCCAUGAGAAUUAUGGAAAUCAUGAGCUGUUGCCAAAGCCAGAGAAGCUGGUGGGACAUCGUCCCAACUUGGAGGAGAACGAGGAGGAGGAUGAUGAUUUCGAGCAAGUCGAGGAUGAAAACGAGCUGGCCAAGCAACAAGGACACCAAUACGAGGUGACCGAGCAUACGGGCGAGGCGAGUGGCGAAGUUCAUGCAAUGGCGCCCAUGGAAGGCGGCUUUGUUCCCUCUCAUGUGUAUCACAGCAAUCCCAAUCCGAAUUCCAGCAAUCGUAACCAUCCCAUUAGCAUCAUCCAAGUGCCACGACCGCGCAGUCGAUUUGGCAAUAAUCUCAGCACCAGCAGCACCACGACAAGCACAACCACCACCACCGAGGCGCCCAAUUAUCCCGCCGGCUUUCUCAAAAAGUUCCGGGAGCGGGAACGGGAACGUGAACGGGAACGUGAAUCGACAACUGCCCAUACAAAAGCCAAAAACAAGUCCAGAUCAAAGCAUCAGCACAGGGAGCAAAACACCAAUAAAGAGAGCACGGAUAACGUUAGCUUUUCCAUGAGCAGUCUACGGGCACGCCUCCAGGACCAGCAGCGGCUGACCAAGCAGGAGGAGCACAAUGCCGAAAUGGAGGCAGCGCUGGAGGAGGCCAUGCAUGGCGACAAGUGGCCAACGGAGGUGCAACAAGGUGGCAGCUAUCUCACCAGUCCCAUUGGACCCAGCGCUGUGGCCUUUGAGCAGCCCUUCAAGCUGCCCCGCACCGAGUACAAGCGACAGCGCAAGGAUCUGACACAACGAGGAUCGAUUAAGUUUAACGAUAAUCCCAAUUUUGAGGAGAUGUAGCCCUGGUUGGGCACUAAACGUAGCCGUAACCAAAGCAUAGCCAAAGCUUCAGUUAAGCCUUUUAAUUGCCUAAUUGUUAACAU